CCCCCUUGACCUUACGAGACUCCUUAGAAACCUGACUUUGGGCAGCGAUUCGAAUGGAACCAAUUUGGUCCUCAAGUCGUGGUGAUGAAGCCACAUUGUUGGGGGAGACCAGCUGCCCACUGAAAGUCACCGAGGACAUCUGGUUCAGAUGCUGUUCCUGCACCUAUGUUACCAGAGAUCAGCAUGGAAUUGUGAACCACCUGGCUGCCCAUGGUGAUGAAGAAUCCAAGUGCCAGCAUCCUCUCAAGUCUGGCUCUAAGGCCCAAGUGCCUCGCAACACUCAAAAGCGCAACAGUGAAAAGCCAUUUAAGUGUAAGCUUUGUCCCCAAGAGUUUGCUUAUAAUUCCCAUCUGACCUGUCAUCAUCGAACACACACUGGUGAAAAGCCAUUUAAGUGCAAGCAGUGUCCCCAAGCCUUUGCUCGAAAUUCUCAUCUGCAAAGCCAUAAUCGAAGGCACACUGGUGAAAAGCCAUUUAAGUGCCAGCAGUGCCCUCAAGCCUUUGCUCAAAGUUGCUGUCUGAGAAAGCAUCAUCGAACACACAUUGAUGUAAAGCCAUUUAAGUGCAAGCAGUGCCCUGAAGCCUUUGCUCAAAAUUCCUAUCUGAGAAAGCACAAUCAAAUGCACACUAGUGAAAAGCCAUUUAAGUGCAAGCAGUGUCCCCAAGCCUUUGCUCAAAAUUCCCAUCUACAAAGCCAUAAUCUAACGCACACUGAUAAAAAGCCAUUUAAAUGCAAGGAGUGCCCCCGAGCCUUUGCUCGAAAUUCUGAUCUACGAAACCAUAAUCAAUUGCACACAGGUGAAAAGCCAUUUAAGUGCAAACAGUGUCCUAGCCUUUGCCCGAAAUUCCGAUCUACGAAGCCAUAAUCAGUUGCACACUGGGAAAAAGCCAUUUAAGUGCAUGGAGUGCCCCCAAGCCUUUGCUCGAAAUUCCCAUCUGCGAAGCCAUCAUCGAACACACACUGGUGAAAAGCCAUUUAAAUGCAAGCAGU